GAGGAGAGGAGAGGAGAGAGGAGGGACCGUGUGUGCUUCGGGGCUCUCUCCUGGUUGUAGAGACCACCGUCGUCUAGAUGUGAGCUAUUCCUCCUUUUUGUCUUCUUUCUUAUUUCUGUCUUCGGGAACAAUGGCUGAUAAUGACACGGAUGCCAUAUUGGACGUUUUAAAGGAAUUUGACACCGGGCGCCUGAUCCUGGCGUUCUGCCUGUCCAUGGUGGUGGGGCUCCUGAUCGGCAGCCUGAUCUACGCGGUGAUGACGUGGAUGUCGCGGCGGAGGGCGACGGCCAGCAUCACCCGCCGCCCGCACCGCCAGUCCCGCCAGCCGCGCUCCUCCGCCCACGGCCUCCUGCACAGCCGCUCCUCGGCCUUCAGCCGCAGCAGCAGCGGCGUCGGCGGCUUCGAUCGCCGUAGCAACAACAGCCUGACGGGCACGGCCCUGAGCUUCCACCGGCAGGCCUCGCUGGACCUGGCCGACCCGCCGGGCCGGAAGAACAGCUUCCGCGCCUCCACCUUCCACCCGCUGCUCCAGUGCAGCCAGAUCGCCCGGGAGGCGGAGGAGGGGGGCGGGCAGAGCACCCUGCCCCGCGCCUCCCCCACCACCCCCCCCACCGCCGGCGGCCCGUCUGGCAACGCCGCCGCUAACGCUAACGCCGCCGUGGCGACGUCCACCCCGUCCCGCCCGGACUCCUUCUGGAGCAACAGCAGCCUGCGGGGGUUCCACGCCACGCAGACCCCCCCGCCGGCCUACGAGAGCGUGAUCCGGGCCUUCCAGGAGACCUGCACCUGACCCGCGCACGCCCCCGCGGAGCGAGAGAGAGUAACUGCCCCCCCCCCCCCCCCACCCCACCCCGCCCUGACAGCCUGGGAUUAUACAGCGCGCUACGCUAACAUGUACACUCUGCUCGGCUCAACUGGGGCACUACUGACUCCUCUGUGACGGAAGGUGGCUCGGUGUAACAUUGAGCGUGUGUGUGUAUGAGUGUGUGAGUGUGUGUGUGGAUGAGUGUGUAUUGUGUGGUGAGUGGUGUGUAUUGUGUGUGUGUGUGUGUGUGUGUAUUGUGUGUCUGUGUGGGUUUGCCUGUGUUUGUGUAUGUGUGUGUGUAUUUGUAUUGUGUGUGUGUGUGUGUGUGUGUGUGUGUGUGUUCGUAUGGGGGUGGGCGAGGAAGUCCUAAUGUGAAAUCCACAUGGAAGCCCCUCCCCUUCUCAUCUAGACGAGAACAGCAUUUGUUUGGCGGACUCAAUAAAGGGCACCUCCUCCAACGCCCGGAGGCAUCGGUUUCUCAGAUUGGGGAAAUUGUGGGCACGCAAACAGCACGUACCUUAAAUAAAACUCUGUCAAUUUGUGUGGGCCCACCAGGGUGCCGACUCCAAAUUCCAGAUGGGGUGAGAUGGUUAUGAUUAUGGAAAAGAUAAUUUAAUGACAGCAGUCUGGCUUAAUAAGCAAAUAUGUAAUUUCCAAAAUGAGUAACCCAGUAAGUCGGCGGCAAUCUCAGCGGGAGGGUAAUUUGACUGGAGUAUAUUAAUCUUAGACAUUAGGUUGAGAAGUUAAAAUAAUAAAAUCUUAUCAGAAGAAAUCUUGUUUGUUCUUUAUAAUUUGCAGGCCAGCUCACGCAUGUCUCACUUUCAUGGGCCCACUGAGUCAUAGCAUAUUCAUUUCUGAUAAUAAUUCCUAUGCAUGCCAGAGAAAGCUGACUAGAAUUCUGAAAAUGACAAUUAGAAUAACAAUUUUGCAGCACAUAAAAGGCAUUCCUGUAACAUUUAUACAAGAAUGAAACAUUUGAUCAUUGGAUGUUUGCCUAUGCUAUACAGUAUAAAACUUGUGCAAAACACACUUAUACAUAGCACUACAUACCAGUUCAUUUCGGAAAGUUGUAUUUUUUCAAAAUACAUUUUGUUACCGUAAGUGUUGUUUGUAAUAAUUUUGUUUGAUUUUGUUUAAGAUUUUUUUUUUGUAUUUAAUAAUAUUUCAAACAUUAAAUUGAAAUAAAACCUGAAUUUUAAUUGUUUGUGGGAAACUUUGAAUACACUAUGAUGAAUUACGUAUAUAUGGAACACAUAGGAACAGAUUUUGCACUACAUUUGAUAAAUUGUCUCCAGAUUACUUUAUAUGUGACAGUGUGGUGCAGUGAUUUGGAAACUGGGCUUGUAAACAGAAUUGAUUUUUUGCAGAAUAUUUUAAUCCCAGGAGGGGGACAGCCAUUAAGCACCUGAGCAAGGUACUUUACAAGAACUGUGUCAUUUAAAAUGUCAGCAAUACAAAUGGAUAGGAUCUUGAGUAAUCAUGUUUAUUCAAUAUUGAAAGUGUGCCCUCAAAUAAAAAUUACCAACACUUUU